UUUUUUUGUUGUUUGGAAGUUAAAAGGCGCCGCCAUGAAUGUAACUCCGGAGGAGGAGAAAAACGUAGCGCCACGUGUCAACGACUGCCAGCUCAUGGGACUGACGUGGCUGCUCUCCAGAAACCGAACCCGGUACCUGCCGGCCGCCACCGCCGUUCUCCGGGCCUUCAUGGAGGCGGAAGGCGGGGAAGUGGGACCCAACUGUCCCCCAACCCAUGACGAGAUGCCCAUCGCCGUCGGAUCCUCCGAGAUCGACGGCGAUGGUUUCACGAACUCAUCGACGGCCAGCGAACUGCCGCCGCCCACGCUGCUUCUGCUGCUGAUGCUCCGAUCUCUGGCGUCCGUAGUGUUUUAUUUUUGUAUUUUCGGAUUUUAGAUUUGUAAUGUAGGAAAGUUGCUUUGGUGGGUGGGGGGCGCAUUUUGUAAUUUUGUGGAUCUAACUGGCCCUGACUUAUGCGCUUCACGUGAUUUACAGCUUUUGUUUUAAAGGUUAAUGCGGGGCCCACAUAAUAGUUUCCUAUGCGGGCCCCGCUUUUUUUCUGGAAAACGGUGAAAGUUAUUGCCCGCAUCUCUAUCCCAUAAAACUACUGAAUU